AUGGUAGAAAAAAGAUUAGAGGAAAACAAUAAAUUAGUUUUAGAAAUAAAAGAUGGGAGAGAAAAGAUAUGCAAUGGUGAUGAUGGUAAUGAAAAAAAUGGAAAUAAUAAUGAUAUUUCAGGAAUAAAAAAAAGACAUUUAUUAAAUAUUUCAGAAACAAAAAAAAUUAUAAAUAGUUCUAAUAAUUUAUUGGAAAAAGAAAACACAAAGUCUAAUAAUGAGAAUAAUGAAAACAUAAAUAUAAAAAGUAUAGUAAAAAAUGAGAAUAUAAAGAAGGAAAAUAAUACAGAAGAUGUAAAUAUUCUUGAAAAAGAAAAAAAUGAAAAAGAAUUUAAAAAAUAUGAAUUAUUAAAUUCAGAAAAUAAUAAUACUGUAAAAUUCUAUAAACUUGAAGAAAAAGAUUAUAUUAGUAAUGAAAAUAAGGAUAAUCAAAAAAAAAAAAUGUAUAUUAUAAAGGAUGAAAGUUUCAAAAAAAAAAGAAUGAAAACAGAUAAAAAAUUUCAAAUCAAAAAUUCAUAUGAAGAUUCUUCAUCAGAACAUAAUAGAACUUCUUUAAAAGUAAGUUAUAAAAUUCAUAAAAAAAGUAAUAAAGAAAAUAUAAAGAGAAAAAAUUAUUUAUCUAUUGCAUUAGAUGAAAAUCAAUGUUAUGAAAUAAACAAAAGUAGUAUUUGUACAGAUAAUAUAAAAUUUUUAGAUUUCAUAAAUGAUUAUGAACAAAAUAUGUAUUAUUUUAAGAAUUCUAAGUCAUGUAAUAAAAAAAAGAAGAAAAAAAAAAAAUUGAGUAUGAAAAAAAAAAAGAGUGAUACUAGAGAAAUAUUAAAUAAUUAUAUCUUAAACGUUGAUGAUCAUAGUAAAUAUAAUGAAAAUUAUAGUAGUGAAAAUUUAACUAAAAAUUACAACACACCAGUAAUUCAUCAUCUUUAUAAUGACAAAAUAGUCACAUAUAUUAGUGAUUUGGAUUAUGAACAAAAGAAAAAAUGUAAAAAUGAAAUAUAUUUAAAUAACUAUUCUAAUACAAUUAAAGAAACCAAAAGCUCAAAGUAUAAAAAUAGAAUUAACAUUGAAUUAAAAAAUAAAAGAAGAUUUAACUUCCUUUCUAAAAAAAGUUUAUUAAGAAAAAGAAAAAAAAAAAUUAUAAUAUUUUUAAAUCAUAAUUACUCUGUUUGGGAAAAUGGAAGAUUUAAUGAUCAUUUUUAUAGGAUUGUUCAUAAAAAUUAUGAUCUAGACAGUUUAGAAGAAGAAAAAAUAUUAAUUGAUUAUCACAAAGAGAGUAAAAUUAAAAAAUUAAUAUAUAGAAUAUUUCCUCAAUUUUCAAUGUCCAGUUUACUUUUAUAUGUUACAUUUAUUCAGUGGAUAAUAUUUAUUUCACUUAUAUCAUUAAAAUCUGAUUUUCCUUUAACCCCUUCAGAUGAUUCUUUAAAAAGUUUUGGUAGUAAUUUUCCCCAUGAUAUAUUUAAAAAUGCGGAAAUUUAUCGUCUUUUUACAUCUUUAUUUUUGCAUUCUAAUUUUAAUCAUAUUUGUGCAAAUACGUAUGUUCAAUUAACUGUGGGAUUUUUAUUAGAAUAUAUAUAUGGCACUUUUAUUGUUUUAUUAGUAUAUGUAUUUACAGGUAUAUAUGGAAUAAUAUUGUCGUCUCCAUUAACUUAUUGCUAUUCAACAACUGAAAGUAGCAGCAGUUCUUCAGGAAUUAUUGGAAUGUUCUUUUCGGAAAUUUUAAUGAUGACUAAUUUUAAUGUAGAUAAAAUAAGCAUUAGUGUACAUUUAUUUUGUUUUUUUCUUUUACUUUUAUUUCUUAAAUUUUCUUUAAAUACAGUUAGUAUUAACAUAUAUAGCCACUUCUUUGGUUUUCUUGGAGGAUUUUUAAUUGGAGUUAUAUUAAAACGCAAGCAAUUGAAAUAUUUUUUAAGAAAUAAUUUAUUAAUUCAAAUAUUAUGUUCUGUCUUUCUUAUAAUAAGUUUGGCAGCUGCUAUUUUUAUUUCAACUUUUGUUGUACAUAAAUGUUAA